AUGAUGAGUCGCCUUCCACACUUUCGCAGUGACUCGGACUUCCACCGAGACGAGGAAAGCUCGCAGAGCAUGUCGCAGGUGCGAGCCAGACCUGCCAUCCGUCUCGACACGUCGCUUUCCUUCAUCAGUACGACAAGCAUUCGGGCAGGCACCGCGAGCGGGCCAGCCAGCCCGCUGCUUGGCGCACUCGGCGGCGACAGUAUCAAUGACGUCUGCAGCAGCGCUGCCGCCGUCUCCUCCCCGACGCCGUUUCACAUGCGCGAUGUAAAUGUAGAGGCGUCUGGACAGUACUGUCUCCAGUCCCUCAAGGCGAGCCACAGCCGCGCUGUGUCGGACUCGCGCUCUGCUCACUCAUCUUCGCGGCUCUACUCGCAGCAGCAGCAGCAGCCGUCGCAGCACCAACAUUGCCCUCUUUCUCUCUCUCUUUCGUCGUGCUCGCCGUCGGUGAGGACGGACUACGACGCCCACAGUCGGCCUCGACGCGGCGGGCAAGCGCGCUGUCUCGCGUCUGAGGCGGAAGGCGAUAAGCUGGAAGUCCUGGAGUCGGAGGCCACAGUGAUGAUACGGCCCUCAGAUCCAAGGCCGUACGGCACUGACGCAGACGACGAGCCUGGGGUGCGCGGCCAGUGUGUGAUGAGCUCGACGGUGUCGCCGGCGCCUCGCCGUGCUGUGACGCUGCCCAGCAACUUCGAAGAUGGGCUGAGCAUGCCUCUCAGCGAGGGUGCCGAGCAGCAUGACGAGGAGUCGUCGCGGGGCCGGGGCAGCAAGUGUGCCGCGCGUGCUGACGGCUGUGGGGGGCUGAACCUCGACCACGGCGCACAAGGGGACGACCAGGAGGACGAUGCAGAGAGCAUGUCAAGCGCCACCCCACCGCCGCGGCGUGCUUUCAUGCUCUCUCGCCGGUACAGCAGUGCGGACGUGGAGAGCGACGCGGAGCCACCGCGGUCUGCUGCCGAAGAGGCGGAGAGGCGCACGCCCACGCGAAUGCCGUACGUGGAUUUCGCUGCGGACGCACCACGAGGGAGCACCAUCCUCGUCGUGGACAACGGAGACGAGGACGAGGAGUCUGCCUUUACGGAUGGCCGGCCAACCGCCGCAGUGAUCGCACGCGCAAAUGCGCACCCGCCCGCUGUCGCUCAUGCGCCGCUUGCCGAGGGGCCCGCGGUGUCCCCCACGCUACCGGACGGUCGUCUUGUCAAGGGCGUCGUGGUGGAGGCAGAAAAGGAUGCGCAGCACCGCGCCCCGCUUACCCCCCUCCGUGCGACUGCAGCCGAGAGAGAGUCGGUGAGCAGCCACAGUCGAAGUCUGAGUAGUGCCGGCAGCAGCAGGAUGAUGAGCCCGCUUCCCCGGCCUGCGCCACACGUGGCUCAGACUACAGCGACAUCGACGAGGUCUUCGCCGGCACAUGUGCGAGGGACCGUGCGCGCGGUCUGUGACGAUACCGGAGGCGCGACAGAGCAGCAGCAGCAGCGGGCCGGCACGAAGACGGUUCUGGCGAACAAGGCCGCGAACGCGCCUGUGAACACGACGACGACCACCGCCACGACUGCCGCCAACACUCAGCCUGCGAGCAGCACGCUGGAGUCUGAGCUGCAAGCGACGCCGAUGAUACCAGCGCAGCUGGACGCAGCGGCGGCUCUCCCAGCUGCUGCAGACGGCGGUCCGGCGAGUGUGACACCUCUCAACUCCUUCAUGGCGCUGAACAGCAUCUCCGGCCCGUCGUUGUCGGCGACAACAACGGCGAUGAGUUCGCUGUGGCUUGUCAGCGGCUCGACGCCUACCCCGCUCCGCCGACUCCGCGACCGCGAUAGGGAGGUGUCUGCAACGCUACACACGCAAGAGGGAGAGGCAGAGGAGACGAGCAAGGGCAGUGACACCGCCCGAACUCAGACGGAGCGUGCGCUAAAGCUGGCAGACGAAGCCGACGCCUCUGCAGUGACGGCACCAGAAGCGGGAGUCGAAUUGCACGGGAGCACCCAUCGGUACUCCGCUCCCGCCGACACUUCUGCGGAAGUGGAGCAGCUGAUCGCCUCAGCAGAGGGCGCGCAUCACCACUGCAGCUCCUCAGCUCCCCGACACACCGCUACAGACUCCGCCGCGAGCCCCGCGGUCUCAGCGCCGUCUUUUUCACCGGAGCCGGCGCGCCCACAGGCUGACGCGUACUGCCUGUCGUCGCCGCCUCUCGCAGCCGGCUCUGCCGCCUCCGCCUCCGUCCAGCUGAACUUCCUCUCGGCCAAAGACGACGCGGUGACGCCUGUCGACCUGCGGCCACUGCCUGCCUCUGAGGCGGCGACCACGCAGUAUCGGUACAGCACGGCUACACCCCCGCCUUUCACCACCGCCGGUACUCUCCGCAGGCCCUCGGAGACUGCGCCGUCGAUGUCCUCGCCGUCUUCGGCCGAGUCGGCGCGUGUCAGCGAGGAGGUGAAGGAGCUGGUGAGGCGCGCGCAAGCCGAGGUGUGCCGGACACGGGAGAGUCUUUUUUCUGCCCUGCGGGACUACCGUGCCAGCUUCCACUUCUCGGAAACGUCGCCGACUGCAAAGAAUACACUCUCGGCCACCGCGCCGACGCCUGCUGCGCAGUUGACUGCGACGGUUUCGACCACCGCGUGCGCAUCGCUGAGCGUCUCACCCAUGCUGACGCGCAGUCUCCCACUUUCCACUGUCACAGUGGCCGCAGCGGAGCCGUCUACGUCUCCAUCGGCUGCGCUGAAAACAGCCUCUGUGCUUACAACGCGUACGUCGGGGGAGUGGCGAUCUGCCGCUAUUGCUCUGCGGCCACAGCUGAGGGCCGCUGCGGACGCCAUCCUGCGAUGCCUGCAGGGCUACGACGCGAGGGAUCACGGCGUCCUGCCCAUGGAGACGGUCGUGCGUGUCACGUACUUCGUCAUUACGCGACGGCAGAUGCCACCCGCGACUUGGUCGCUACGAACGGCAGAGGGCGCCUUGGCUGCCACACCGAUGCGGGCCUCCAUGGUCGCGUCGGGUGGUGGUGCGGCGACUCGCUCCGAUAGUGCGCACCUUCCGUCUCACAAUGCUGAGGGCCGCCGCGCGGUACUGCUAUCGGGGACGCCGCUUGGCCGUCAGCUGAGCAGCAGCGAGGCCGGUGAGCCUCGUCACCGAGUCGCGACAGCGUCACACAAGCUCUUCGAGACACCGCGCCAGCAGCGCCUGUCCCUCGAUGCACACGGUACGACGACGCGUGUCGGGGGGAGCGGCUCGCUCUUCUUGUCCUCGCACCUGAUCGGCGUAACGCGGCCUCGGGACUGCAGCAAGUCUGACGCAGAUGCGGAUGACGAAGACAAGACGGCGAAGCCGGAGUGCUGCGGCCGUCCGGCAACGUGCAUCUCCCCCAGCCGGACGCUAGAGCAUGUUAUGAUGCUGCAGCAACGCCGCGCCGAGGAAGAGCUGUACAUGCAGUUCUACUUCACCGUGCUGGAGGCGUUCAAGCAAGUGUUUGGCGAGCGGUACGCUUGGCGCCACCUAGGGGCCACCAAUGCCAGCCGCCAUGACUGCGCCAUCAACGUCGCCCAGCCGGCGCAGAAGCGGCGAAGGACAAGUAAUGCGGCGCCGCCAGAAUGCAGUGAUCUCUGCGGCCACACGCACGUGACCGCAACCGAGGCAGAUGCGGAGCAGACUCAGCUGGAGGUGGUGAACGAGUUCAAUGACGUGGCAGGGCCGCUGGAAACGCUAUUUCCACGACUUCGCCAGCAGUACGCGCUCCUUCAGCGGGAGAGGCGCGACUCCGCUGCUGCGGCACCGAAGUCGAUCGUGGCGAGCACAGACAGUUCACUGAUGGUUGCCCGGACAGCUUCCGAGUCCGCGCGCACGGAGGCGGCUGCGGCUGCAGCGGGCCUCGCCCGUCGCCCUCCUCCGCUGGAUGUUCUCGUGUACUACCGCAAGUUUAUAGAAAGCCUAAGGGAGCUCUGA